AUGCGGCUAACCAACUUCGUCAGCAUCCUCACGCUCGUCAUCUGCGUCACAGCCGUGCCCCUCAACCGCGCCGGAUCGAAAGCCGUCGCCACCAGGAACAGAUGCCACGUGGCCAAGGCUGCGCGUUGCCACUGCCCUCGCGCCGGGCGCAAGAGCAGCCGGCGCCUGGUUGCCCGCGGCAAGGAAGAAUACUGGACCGAUGAGGAGGCCCAAGACAGCGAUCCCGAAACCGACAGCGAGGACGACAAGUGCGCUACUCCCAAAAAGUAUGUCAACUGCCCGAACUGCGGGGAGAAGUCUGCUGACUGCGAUGAUGGAUAUUGCUACACGAACCGUGAAUAUUUUUAA